CUUCCUGUGGAAACUGGAAACCUCGAGGAAUUAACACACACAUGUAUAUAAACUCAUACGACAUUCCAACAAAUGCAAAACUCGUUCUUUAGAAUAUUAAUGGAGUUUUCUUUCCCAUUAUUACAAAGUUUGAUUCUUGCAGUUCUGAUGGUUGGUGGGGUUUUCGCAAAUUAUAAGAUUACUAGUUUUGAUGAAAAUUAUGAGGUUACUUGGGGUUUUGAUCAUGUCUUAUCUCUUAAUCAAGGAACCCAAAUUCAGCUCUCCAUGGAUACUUCUUCUGGGUCUGGAUUUGCGUCGAAGCUAAAUUUUGGUUCUGGAUUCUUUCAUCUGAGGAUGAAGCUACCUGGGAAUAAUUCUGCAGGAGUUGUAACUGCUUUCUAUCUGUCUUCACAUGGUAAUAAUCAUGAUGAGUUGGACUUUGAGUUCUUGGGUAACAACGAAGGAAAGCCAAUCACUUUACAGACCAAUGUGUUUGCAAACGGUAUGGGUAAUAGGGAGCAAAGAAUUUAUCUUUGGUUUGACCCUACUGCCGAUUUUCACAGUUACCAAGUUCUCUGGAACCAACAUCAGAUUGUAUUUUUUGUGGAUGAAAUUCCCAUAAGAGUGUUCAAGAACAAAACAAAUAUUGGAGUAAGCUACCCAUCAAGGCCAAUGCAAGUACAGGCAAGUUUGUGGGAUGGAGAUAGUUGGGCAACAGAUGGAGGCCAAACAAAGAUUAAUUGGAGCUAUGCUCCAUUUAAAGCUAAUUUCCAAGGUUUUGACAUUAGUGGUUGCUCAGUUCUUGACAUCUCAAACAUUCUACCUUGUUUUUCUCAAAAGUAUUGGUGGAAUUUGGACAAAUUUUGGAAACUCAACUCUUCACAACAGAAGGCUUAUGACAAUGUUAGAAACAAGCAUCUCACUUAUGAUUAUUGUCUUGAUAACCCUAGAUUUCCUAUUCCCCCACCAGAAUGUCCUCAAUAAGUUUGGGAAUAAUAUUG